CACGGCUCUUCGCUUCCUUUCCUGGUCUUUUCUCCUUUUGUAAGCCCUGUGGAAAGACUCCUGAUAGUAUUUUAUUCACUAUGUUUAACUAUGAAAAAGCAUUCAUCAGUGGAAGAGAGAAGAACUAAGUAAAUCUGACAUCUCUUGAUCUUCGCGACAGAAUAUGAAAAUGUCAAUGGUUGUCUUUUCUCAAUUAAAUAUGUGUGAAUCAAAAGAGAAAACUUUUUUCAAACUAAUACAUGGGUCAGGAAAAGAAGAAACAAGUAUCGAGGCCAAAAUCAGAGCUAAAGAGAAAAGAAAUAGAUUAAGUCUUCUUCUGCAGAGGCCUGAAUUCCACGGAGAAACUAACACCAGUAAAUCUGCCCUCUUGGCCAAAGAAACAAGAGUCUGCCCUGAAGAAGCAGUGAAAUGGGCUGAAUCAUUUGACAAACUGCUUUCUCAUAGAGAUGGAAUGGAUGCUUUUACCAGAUUUCUUAAAACUGAAUUCAGUGAAGAAAACAUUGAAUUUUGGGUAGCCUGUGAAGAUUUCAAGAAAUGCAAGGAACCUCAACAAAUUGUCCUAAAAGCGAAAGCAAUAUAUGAGAAAUUCAUCCAAAAUGAUGCCCCAAAAGAGGUCAACCUUGAUUUUCACACCAAAGAAGCAAUUGCCAAGAGCAUCACACGACCCACUGUCCACAGCUUCGAUGCGGCACAGAGCAGAGUGUAUCAGCUCAUGGAGCAAGACAGUUAUACACGUUUUCUGAAAUCCGACAUCUACUCACAUUUGCUGGAAGGACGACCGCAGAGACCAACAAAUCUCAGGAGACGAUCACGGUCAUUUACCUACAAUGACUUCCAAGAUGUAAAGGCAGAUGUUGCCAUUUGGCUAUGAGUAAAAGUAAUUUUUUCUUGUUUUGAUGGUAACUGUGUUCAUCUGCUUCUAAAAUAUGGUUCCUGUAUAGUAAGAAAUGAUUACACUUUUAAAAUA